UGUGUACAUCGAGCAUACAAGCAAGCAGUUUUAUGGCUCCUACAUAUUUUUCAAGGAUGAUCAACAUUUUAGUUAUUGUGUGCUUGGGAUUAAUCUCAAAGGUUGAAGCUCAAGGUUCACAAAUGGGAGUAGAAUUUCUGGUACAGUUCCCAUACAUGCCUGAAGGCCAACCCAUCCUAAUGAUGUACUCAACCAUGACGAAUAAAUUCGAUGUUUACGUCACGGCUCCGAUGUGGGAAAACCCCUUUUUUGAAAGAUUCACUCUCAACCGUUUGCAGGUCACUACUUACGUGGUUCAGCGGAAACAUGUAAUAUCAAGAAGUGACACCACUACGUCUAUUGUCGCCAAAGGAAAACAAAGAUUUGGGAUGACGGUGUUUAUGGCGAUAUCUCUCCACUCGGCUGACAGUUUCCUGGCCUUACUAACUUCCGGUUGGGGCUUGGAGUACUUUGUUCUGGUACCAAAGAUAGGGCCUUCGAUCGUACUCACUUCGUUAGUUGAGGAAAAUGAAAUCAGCGUACACUAUACAGGACACUUGGAGCAGCUAGAAAGCCAAUUCACUGAUGAAUUACUCUCUACUAUCGCACUCAAAAGGAAACAGGCUUGCAUCAUUCAGAACUGUACUGGCAGAAGAGUCGGAGAACAACCUAUGGGAGUCACACCAGCAAAACUAACAGCGUUGUAUUCAUUUGGCGUGAUUGUCGGCUCGUGCGAACAAUACGAAUUUGAAUCAGAGUGUCGGAGAAAGAAUGUCAAAACGGCUGACGACGUAACGGCAGAUUUUAUUUCAAGUGAAGUGGUGGCUCUGUUUAUUUUACUGCUGUUGUUGAAAAAGGCACAAAACACAAGGAAGCCAUUUAUUAAGUGUUACCUGAGUCUGGAUUGUAUUGACACGAGUCCCAGUAACCCAGCUCCAUAG